AGCAUGGCCGCGGCCGCGGCGGGAGGAGCCCCGGGUCCGGCCCCCGGCCCCGCCAGGCCCGCGCCGGCCGCUCGGAACCCGCCGGCCGUGCCGCGGAGGCGCGGGGACUCGCGGCGCCGCCAGGCCGCCCUCUUCUUUCUCAACAAUAUCUCCCUGGACGGACGGCCCCCGAGCCUGGGUCCUGGCGGCGAGAAGCCACCGCCGCCGCCGCCCACCGAGGCCCGCGAGCCGCCCGCGCCGCCGCCCGCUCCACCCGGAGGCCUCCCGGGGCUGCCAGCCAGGCCCGCGCCCCAGGGCCUGCUCAGCCCCACGACGGCGCCCGUCGGCCUCGGCCUGGACGGGCAGCGCCAGAGGAGACGAGUCACAUCUCAGCGCUGUUCCCUCGAGUUUCUGGAAGAUGCAGUGGGAUGUGCCUCGGUGCAGAGAACCAAGCAUGCAUCUGGAUCGCCAAGACACAAAGGCUUGAAGAAAACCCACUUCAUCAAGAACAUGAGGCAGUAUGACACAAAGAACAGCAGGAUUGUACUCAUCUGUGCCAAGCGGUCCCUGUGUGCAGCCUUUUCAGUCCUGCCCUAUGGAGAGGGCCUACGGAUCAGUGACCUGAGGGUUGACAGCCAGAGACAGAGGCACCCAUCCGGCGGCGUUUGUGUUUCUUCUGAGAUGGUCUUUGAGUUGGAAGGCGUUGAGCUGGGAGCAGAUGGAAAGGUCGUGUCCUAUGCAAAAUUCCUGUACCCCACUAACGCCCUGGUUAUACCCAAGAAUGACAGCCAUGGCUUGCUGCCCCAGCCUCGACCAAGCAUUACCCGGGCUCCACCAGGCUCAAGACACAAAUCUGUGCCUACCAAGUCAACACCAGCUGGCACAGAACUAGGAAGCGACGGGGGAGAUGCAAUAGAAUACAACCCCAACCUCCUGGACGACCCCCAGUGGCCAUGUGGGAAGCACAAGCGGGUACUUAUCUUUGCUUCAUACAUGACCACGGUUAUAGAGUAUGUGAAGCCUGCAGACCUCAAAAAGGACAUGAAUGAGACCUUCAGGGAGAAGUUCCCUCAUAUCAAACUGACACUGAGCAAAAUUAGGAGUUUAAAACGUGAAAUGCGGAACCUUUCUGAAGAGUGCAGUUUGGAGCCUGUGACCGUGUCCAUGGCCUACGUGUACUUUGAGAAGCUGGUACUGCAGGGCAAGCUCAACAAACAGAACCGCAAGCUGUGUGCGGGCGCCUGUGUUCUGCUGGCUGCCAAGAUCAGCAGCGACCUCCGCAGGAGCCAAGUAAAGCAGCUCAUCGAUAAGCUGGAGGAAAGGUUCCGGUUCAACAGGAGAGAUCUCAUUGGAUUUGAGUUCACAGUGCUUGUGGCUUUGGAACUGGCCCUGUACCUCCCUGAGAACCAAGUGUUACCUCACUACAGACGCCUCACCCAGCAGUUCUAGCCCAGAACAGUGCACCCCAAAAGAAGGCUGCCCGGUAGGAAGACCUGUAGCUUGGCUAGAGCACUGGGAGGACUCCCAUCCUGCCCCUCCUCCAGUACUCCACUUGUUCCUCACAGCCCAAGGCGGCUCUUGGUUUCCUUGGAAAGAGACACUUGCUUUCAUUCCAAAGUGGCACUUCGGAUACACCUCAAGGCACUUCUGAGUGUUUUCCUGAAGUAAAUGAGCAGUGUGGGCUUUUCGGUGCCUGAAACCAGCCUGGUUUACGUUGUGAAUCCUGAGGUCCAGCCUUCAUUUUGCUUAGCCCUUGCAACCCGUCACAGCCAUGAAACCAUUGCUGUGGAGCCCUAGGUGUCCAUACCUUCUGAACAUGCUGGAAUUGCUGUCUCCUGGUGUGCUGACCCAA